UCGUGACGGCCCAACUGGUAGGUAUUCUGUGGGUUCUGUGAACGGCCGCGGCACUGAACACGCCGCGGUGCGUAGUUUUUGAUGUUCUCUACCAGCGCGGCAUUUCUUUGUGUUAAUUGGGCCGAAUUCUACACGCGUAUUUGGCUUCUGCAGUCAGAAUGUACGUACCUAGAAAUAAAAAGAGAAACUUCGUGGUUGUUCCGUGGUAUAACAGGCACGAAUGGGAAAAGACGUACCGGAACCUCUUCAGCGAUUCGCUCAAGGAUCAGGCUGCUGGGCUGGGAGUGGUCGCUGCUUGGCGUAGCAGGCUCUACGGCCACCUUCCUCGAGCCAUCGAGUCCACUGCUGCUCUGGUGCAAGCCCAGCUGAGUGAGAGCCGGUCACGCCUGCACAAUGACAGUCUCAAUGCCGAGGAGCUCAGCUGCCUCUAUGCCGUGGCUAUAGUCAGGUUUGUCGGUGACAUUGUUGAGCCCGUGCGGAGUGUGAAAAACAUCACUACUAAAGAAGCCGCAUUUCAGUUGGGCGUGCCCGACUGGAUCCUGGAGCUGAGGCAUGCGUCAGCGCAUGCAUCUGUCAGUGGUGCAGCAUUUCUGGGUAUCCUACGAUCGGCGGCAUCCCUACUGCUGCAGUGGCUGCGCCUUCAUCACUGGGAGCCACAGAGGGACACGUUGGUGGCCCCAGAGGCAUCGGCCAUGCUCUGUUCAAAGAAUGGCAAUGAUGCCGAGCUUGCGUGCUGCAGCCCAACCCAAGUGCGGCAGAUACUAGAUGCCUGGCUGUUGGUGUCCGUCAAGCAGAAGCGCAAGUGCACGAGGCGCGAAAUGGCCGAGCUGAAGGUGAAGCGGCAGGCAUGCCUCGACCAGAUUGCUGCUUGUCUGGAGGAGGACAGUGACCUCGUGGUGGAUAUGCUGGUCUUGGGUGGAGACUACCUGUUGCCGUCCAGAGAAUCCCUGGAUGAGUUGUGCCCCAACAUGAGACUUUCUCUGCCUUCGUCAACGGAUGGUUUGCCCUGUCGACUUCCACGUCUUCUGGCCGACCGCUGGGAUCCCCUUCUGGCAACUCUGGACUCGCACACACUGCAGAAGUUAGCCGAGCGCCUAUUGUCUCAGCCACACAGCACUCGUCAUAGUGAAGGGGAUCAGAGCUUGCGCCACUACCUGUCUGUGGCUUGGCUUGGCCACCUGCUGACUGGAAGGCAUGAACACAUAUCCAGAGCUGGCAACGGCAGUGACCGGAACAGUUCUCCUUCCCAGCUCAAUGUGAUACGGCUGCUCAAGGCUGCCAUGGACUAUCCGAUGGAAUACUCAACCAAGGCUAUCACAGUACUGUCCCAGCACAUGUGGCCUCCACUGGGUGAAGCUGAGCUAGGCCACUUGACAGCCCUGGCAGCCAUCCAGGGAGGCCUCAUGUUGGGCCACAGGUGGGACACCAUGGACAGCGCUGAGGAAGACACUGGUGGUGAUGGAAGCUACAUGCCAUACACCGUGGAGGACUUCCAGGAUGCUGAGGAUGGUUUUGAUGAGACAGCCUGGAAGCUUCCUCAAACUUCAAUGGAGUGGAGUCUCACACCUGUCGGUCAACUGCCUGGAUUCCCUGCAGACAGACUUGACCUAAACCUGGACUUUAAGGAGCUAAGACCAGUUAAGGAGCUAAGACCAGUUGGUGCUGCUAGGUUGGAAGACACUGGGUUGAGCUUGGAGCAAGCCAGUGCAGAAGCUAGUGUAAACACAGAGGAAACCGAACUGCCCACACUUGCUGAUCAGCUCGAUCGCAUCAGGCAGAAUUUGCAGCUGUUCCUUGUGUAGUCAUUGCUGCAUUCACCACUGCAUUUGAAAUGUUGAAGUAAUAAAGUACAGUCUCAUGCUUGA